AUGUUUAGACGUAAAUUAUUGGCUUUAGAAUAUCAACGACCAGAUGAUUUCAACAUUGACGAUGAAACAGAGUUCAGAAAUAUGGUUGUGUGGUUGGAAGACCAAAAAAUUCGUCAUUACAAAAUCGAAGAUCGAGUCGCUUUGAGAAAUGUGGCAGAUACUAAAGUCUGGGAAAAUGGCGUAGCACAAUAUUUGAAAGAUGUGAACAGUCCUUAUUCUUUUGGUUCAAGUCAAGAGGAGAAACUAGCCGUUGUUGAUUGGUUGUUGGGUUAUGCAGUGAGGUUAGAACAUGGGGACAAUCUGGACAAAUAUAAACAAGUUACCCCUGAAAGUGUCCAAGCCAAAGCUCGCAAACCAGCUGGGUCUUCGAACAAUCCUUUAGAUAGACUAGAUUUUAAUGAUCCAGAUUUUAAAGCAGGAGUGACCUCCCUUUCUAUGCUACUUAAAGUGCCGCCCCAUAGUGAUCAUUUAGUCCAGUUAAAAGCGAUCAGUUUGCUAAUUCAAGAUCGCAUGGCAAGUAUCAAAAAUAACCAAAACCCACCAAAGAAGGACGAAGCUAUACCACUCGCUCAAACUGUUUUAGGAUUCGAAACAAAAGACUAUAUCAUCAACGAAGCUGCUAAAAUAAUUAGACUUCUGCAUAUUAAAGAGUUACGAGACUUGCAAAAUAAUAUCAACUCUGCCAUUGUUAGUGUUCAAGCUAUUACUGCAGAUCCGAAAACUGAUCAAAAAUUAGGAAAAGUAGGACGUGGAUGA